CGGAUUGGCUGUCCUGUCUUUACUACACUCUCUUAUCUCAAAGUUCCGUGUUAACAGUCAGGCAUUUCAUUGUUUGAUUUGUAGUCAACAUUAUCAUUCAGGACUCUUCUGGCCCGCCGCUCUACGAUCUUUGCAGUCAUGUCUGACCGAGGCUCUUUUGAUACCAACGUGGUGACUUUAACCCGGUUUGUGCUGGAGGAAGGGAGGAAAGCGAAGGGGACAGGGGAGCUCACUACCCUGCUCAACUCGAUGUGCACGGCCGUCAAAGCCAUCUCCACAGCCGUGAGGAAAGCUGGCAUCGCCAACCUGUAUGGCAUAGCGGGCAGCACCAAUGUGACGGGGGACCAGGUGAAGAAGCUGGACAUCCUGUCUAACAACCUGGUUAUCAACAUGAUCAAAUCCUCCUUCACUUCCUGUGUCCUGGUGUCAGAGGAGGAUGACACAGCCAUCAUAGUAGAACCAGACAGACAGGGUAAAUACGUGGUGUGUUUUGACCCUCUGGAUGGUUCCUCCAACAUCGACUGCUUGGCUUCCAUCGGCACCAUCUUUGCUGUGUUUAGAAAGACGACAGAGGACGACCCGUGUGAGAACGACGCGCUGCAGCCCGGUAGGAACAUCGUUGCGGCUGGAUACGCCCUCUAUGGCAGCGCCACCAUGAUGGUACUGUCCACUGGGCAGGGGGUCAACUGCUUCAUGUUGGACCCGGCCAUUGGUGAGUUCAUUCUGGUGGACAGAGAUCUAAAGAUCAAACCGAAAGGGAAUAUCUACAGUCUGAAUGAAGGAUACUCCAAAUACUUUGACCCCGCUGUCACGGAGUACCUGCAAAAGAAGAAGUUCCCCGAGGAUGGCAGUGCCCCGUACGGUGCCCGCUAUGUGGGUUCUAUGGUAGCAGACGUCCACAGGACCCUGGUCUACGGAGGAAUCUUCCUCUACCCUGCUAACGUCAAGAGCCCCGAGGGAAAGCUGCGUCUGCUGUAUGAGUGCAACCCCAUGGCGUUCAUCAUCGAGCAGGCGGGCGGUAUGGCAACCACAGGAAGUCAGAACGUCCUGGACAUUCAGCCAAUCAACAUCCACCAGAGAGUUCCCGUGGUGCUGGGGUCACCUAGUGACGUCCAGGAGUACCUGGAUAUAUACCAAAAACACCAGGCCAACAAUGGUAACUAGGGACCGCACACACCAGGCCAACAAUGGUAACUAGCGACCGCACACUCCAGGCCAACAAUGGUAACUAGGGUCCUAGUAACUAGGGACCAAGCAGGUACACACUCCCUAUGUAAAGACCCAUUAUAAACCAAGAGACCAAAGAUCCUCUAUAAGACUCAACGGGAUCAGCAUGUUGUUGACCAAGUGACCAACGAUACACCAACACUCCAUCAACCACUAGACUAGACCAAAGAUACACCCUCAUGCCUCACCACCCAGACCAAAGAAUAAGUAAACCAAGAUAGCCACCAACUACUUCCAAUCCUGGACCAGGAACUGAAGGGGAAGAGACCAUUUUCCCCGUAUUCCUUCAUUGUCAUUUAUUUUCAAAGAAUUUGCAGUACCUUCUCAGACCACUAUGGGGAACCAGUGUGUGAAAUAUUUAUCAGUACUACUAAAUGUCAGACCUAAUGUUACCUCUAUGCAGUAUAUAAGAUAUGUGCCUUGACACAGAUUGUUUGGGAUGAUGAAGCAUGUGAAUAAUAAACCUCGGUGGUGCUGUUACCAAA